CGUCAAGGAAGGUAAUGGUCGCCAGAACAGCAACAUCGACCACACACGCAUUGAAAACAACCAGUUGCCGCCAAACGCAGUGGACCAGAUGCAGAAUCCCCCUACUGCCGAACGCAUACCUACACCUCGGGAAAUUCGAAAGGGCCUUGAUGAAUAUGUAAUUGGUCAGAGUGACGUCAAGGUGGCGUUGUCAGUGGGAGUUUACAAUCAUUACAAAAGAAUCUCUGUUGUGGAAGCGAAGGCAGCAAACGAGGCGAGACGGGCAGCUCUCGAUAGCCAAGAGGACUACAMCUUUUCACAGAUGCAGCAACAACAUCAUCCCAAUAGAGACUUGUCRGAUUUAAAUCUAACACAGUUUGGUACRAGCAAAAACAACACAUCGGCGCACGCGACAACUCAGGACGUUAAUAAUAUCGCUGAUUCAGACUUUGCAACCCAGGUAGAAGAAUGCGAAAUUGACAAAAGCAAUCUAAUGGUCCUCGGUCCUACCGGAAGUGGAAAGACGCACUUGAUCAAGACACUUGCACGUCUGAUGGAUGUACCUUUGGUUAUUGCUGAUGCUACUUGCCUCACACAGGCAGGUUACGUUGGAGAAGAUGUCGAAAGCGUUCUGUUCAAGUUAUACCUCGAAAGCGGACAAGAUAUCGAACGAUGCCAAAAGGGAAUUAUCUAUAUCGACGAAACAGAUAAGAUCCGAAAGUCUGGUGGCAAUGUGAGCAUCAGUAGGGACGUGUCCGGUGAAGGGGUCCAGCAUGCGCUCUUGAAAAUUGUUGAAGGAAAUGUCGUUAAUGUCCCAAAGGUAAGGAAAUAAAUGCGAAAACACUGAUUUUGGAACUUUUGAAUUGCCGCUAUUGACUCACUUCAAUUUGACCGUUUGAUUCGUCUUUUCCAACCUCAAGGAACCGGGUCGAAAGAACCCUCGUGGCGACUUCUUGCAAAUCGAUACCACAAAUAUUCUUUUCAUUUGUGGAGGUGCAUUUGCAGGUUUAGAGCGUAUUGUCAACCAUCGAACUAAUGCCGCAUCCAUUGGUUUCGGUGCAGAGAUGAAGAAAAAGAUYGAGGAUCCCAAAGUUCAAGGGCGAUGCUUUGACAACGUGAUUCCCAAAGAUUUGGUAGAAUUUGGCAUGAUUCCUGAAUUUGUUGGGCGGUUCCCUGUUAUCGUGUCCACUAAGGGCCUGGAUCUUGACAACUUGGUUGACAUUCUCACCGUCCCUAAGAACUCAAUCAUCAAACAAUACAGGCGUUUGUUUGCGAUCGACGAUGUCAAGUUCCACGUAACUGACUGCGGCUUGAAGGAAAUUGCGAAUACUGCCUUCGAACGUGGUACAGGUGCCCGUGGUUUGCGUUCUAUCACAGACCAGGUAUUAAUGGAAACACAAUAUGUGGUACCUUCUCUCUCUGAUGUCCACACUGUUUAUGUGGAUGCUCCUGCAGUUCGUGGAGAGAGGAAACCUAUUCUUUUGAAGGAUGGAAUGACUGUUGAAAAGUACGAGUCUUUGACUGAAGAGGGCGGUUCACAAGUUAGUGGAGCUGUACCCGUCUUCAUCGAUGACGACGACGAAAUGGAUAGUGAAGAAGCUGCGUAAUUCAGUUGACAAACUUCCAAAUCUAGAUUCCAUUACAUUUUCGCCCUCUUUCAAGAAUAGAUGGGUGCUAUCAGU